AUGACAGCGCUGGCAGGAGGUUUACCGAGGAUGAUGAGACCGAGUCCUCACCAGAACUUCCCGCGGGGAGGAUACUCUCUGGAAGUCUCCACUCCGUUAGGACAGGGUCGGGUCAACCAGCUCGGCGGCGUCUUCAUAAACGGCCGACCUCUCCCCAACCAUAUCCGCCAUAAGAUCGUGGAGAUGGCCCAUCACGGUGUCCGGCCGUGCGUAAUCUCCCGGCAGCUGCGGGUGUCCCACGGCUGCGUCUCCAAGAUCCUCUGCCGGUACCAGGAGACCGGCUCCAUCCGGCCGGGGGCCAUCGGAGGCAGCAAGCCAAAGCAAACCGCUGCUCCAGAGGUGGACAAGAAAAUCGAGGAGUACAAGUCAGAGAACCCGGGUAUGUUCAGCUGGGAAAUCAGGGACAAGUUACUGAAAGAUGGAAUCUGCGACAGGAACAACGUCCCCUCAGUGAGCGCCAUCAGCCGCAUCAUGCGCUCCAAGUUCGGCGGGGUCGCUGAGGAUGAGGAUGAUGAGGAGGUGGUGAAGAGGGAGAUGGAGGAAAACGAACCGCGCACAAAACACAGCAUUGACGGGAUUCUGGGAGACAGAUCCAGUCACUCAGACGAGGGCUCCGACGUGGACUCAGAGCCUGGGCUGCCCCUGAAGAGGAAGCAGCGCCGCAGUCGGACCACCUUCACGGCGGAGCAGCUGGAGGAGCUGGAGAGGGCCUUCGAGCGCACACACUACCCCGACAUCUACACGCGGGAGGAGCUGGCUCAGCGGGCCAAGCUGACAGAGGCUCGAGUGCAGGUGUGGUUCAGCAACAGGAGAGCCCGGUGGAGGAAGCAAGCUGGAGCCAGUCAGCUGAUGGCGUUCAACCACCUCAUCCCCAGUGGGUUCCCUCCGUCGGCCAUGUCAGGCCUGCAGUCCUAUCAGCUGUCCGACAGCCCUUACCCUCCUGCUUCCAUAGCUCAAAUCUCCGAGCAGCCCGGCACAGUCCACAGACCGCAGCCGCUGCCGCCCACGUCCGUGCACCAGAGCGGCCUCAGCUCGUCAGCGGGCUCUCAGGAUCCCAGCUCGGCGUACUGCCUGUCAUCCGGACGUCACGGCUUCUCAGGAUACUCGGACAGCUUUGUGACUUCGUCGGGCCACAGCAACGGCGUGAACUCCAACAUCGGCAACAGCCUCUCGCCACAGGUGAUGGGCCUGUUGAAUCCAGGUGGAGUGCCACACCAGUCCCAGAGCGACUUUGCCCUGUCCCCGCUGACCGGAGGCCUGGAGCCCAACGGAGGCAUGGCCGCCAGCUGUCACGGCUCCCAGCGCCUGGACACUCUACCGGGCCUGACCAGCAUGCCCAGCCUUCCCAGCACCCAGUCUUACUGCACACCGUCCUACGGCUCCCCCGCCUACGCCGUGGACCACCAUCCAUCCUACCAGUACGGACAGUACAGUCAGAGCAAGGUGCCUUUCAUUAUAUGA